UCAUUGUGUAUCAUGUUAUGAUCCUGUUUUGUGCAUCCAUGACAUAAGCAUCAGUAUAAAUCAAUUUACUUCAACAUACAUCAAUGUACAUCAGCAUCCAUAGAUGUGCAUCAAUCUAUAUCAUAGAUAUUUACAUUGGUGUAUAUAUAAAUAUCAAUGUAAAUCAGUAUACAGCGGUUUGGAAAUGCUGGUCCGUGAGCAACAUCUGACAAUCAAGGGAUAGAUAAUUACAGAAAUUUUCUUGGCGGAUAUCCUCCACCGAAACGUCCCUCCCUUCACUUACCCGACAUUAAUCAACAACAUCCCGCAAUGAUCCCCAAUAACACAUCACGACUCCAGGCCUCCCCGCUUCCAAAAAUAAAACAGAUUUUUUUAAAGUUUUAAAAUGAAAUUUUAAAAUGCAUGCUGCACUGUUUGACCUGUCACGCAGCGCUCAAGGAGUCAUUCAUAAGGUGCAGCCAUUAAAGCGUGACCCCACACCGCGACCCCUACCCCUCCCACACAGACCCCCCCUCUCCUUCACCGCAAGAUUGUCACGCAUGCGCACUGGCGUCCUAUCCCCCGGCUGUGGCUCACCUGCCAUUCAGCCAACCACCUUCCUGGGUCGCUCACACCCACUCCCACGCCAACACAGUCCUGCUGCCCACCCGCAUGGCGACGACUCGGUGGCGGGCCCUCCGGAACGGAGUGAUCCUGACACCCGUGUAUAUAACCCCAGACUUGAUGGGACCUCAGCUACAUCCACUCAUUAAGACCUCGAGUGUCUGUGUGCGCAUAGUGCUGGCAGGCAACCAUACCAUCCACAAACUCCAGCGUUGACAUUGGGGAAACAGGUUGUUGGAGGGGAAAACUUGGUUGUAGAGAAAGGAGCAGACAACUUCAGUGUCGAGACAACAGUUUUCACAGAAAGGAAAAAGAAUUGAAGGUGAGAAGGGAACAAGGGAACCUCUGACAUCACUGAACCAACAAAUCUGGAAUUUCUGGUUUCCACGUUCGACUGAAGAGUAUACUUCCGGACUGAUCAUUGUCAUCAUCGUCAUCAGACACCUGAACCGUUAGAAAAGUUUUCAGGUCCGACUAAAGAUGGUCCUUCUGCCAGCGUCCAUCUUCUCUGUCCUCCUGUGGUUGCUGCAGCCUGUUCCCGCUACAGGGAACCCCUGUUGCUCAUUUCCGUGUCAAAACAACGGCGUCUGUCUGACUACCGGCCCCAGCACCUACAUCUGCGACUGCUCCAACCUCGAGUUCUACGGCGACUACUGCCAACACCCAACCUUGAUGAAGCGCGUGAAGUCGUGGCUGCGGCCCUCGUCAGACACGCUGCACUAUCUACUGGUGGAGCCUCGGUUGAAGUGGUUGUGGGACUUAGUCAACUACGUCCGGCCGCUGCACGACUUCUUCAUGGGGACGAUCUAUGUCAUGAGAGCUGAUAUCAUCGACUCGCCUCCUCUCUACCAUUCUAGUCAUGAAUACCCAAACCUGGAGACAGUCUUCAACCUGACUGUAUACUCUCGCAUCUUGCCACCCGUACCCCGGGAAUGCCCCACUCCCAUGGGGGUCAAAGGUCCAAAAGAACUGCCAGACAUCGACCUUCUCAUCAAAAAGUUUUUCACACGAAAGAAGUUUUUGCCGGAUCCCAUCGGAAGUAAUGUUCUGUUCACCUUCUUUGCACAACACUUCACUCACAUGUUCUUCAAGACUGACUUCAAGGGAGGCCCGGAUGCUCAGUGGGGAGGCCACGGGGUGGACGUCAGCAACAUCUACGGUGGGGAUAAGGAGACUGAGAACCGCCUGAGACUCUUCUCGGGAGGAAAAUUAAAAAUGCAGAUAAUGAACGGAGAAGAGUACCCCAUGACCGUCGCAGAGACUGGGGUGAAGAUGACCUACCCGGAAUACGUCAAGGAGGAGUACCAGCUAGCAGUCGGCCACCCGUUCUUCGGUCUACUGCCUGGCCUCCUCGUCUACUCCACCAUCUGGAUGAGGGAGCACAACCGCGUCUGCGACAUUCUCGCUGCUGCCCACCCCGAGUGGGACGACGAGCGCCUAUUUCAAACGGCCAGACUUGUCAUUCUGGGAGAAACCAUCAAGAUUGUGAUCGAGGAAUACGUGCAACACCUCAGCAACUACAACUUCAAGCUGACCUACAGCCCUGAGCUGCUCUUUGACCGGCGCUUCCAGUAUCAGAACCGCAUCUCUGCCGAGUUUAACCACCUGUAUCACUGGCACCCGCUCAUGCCCAACACUUUCAACAUCAGCGGCCAGGAGUACGCCAUGCACGACUUCAUGUUCCACCCGGAAGUCGUCUUCAAGCACGGCCUGGCCAACGUCGUCGACUCCAUGUCCAGACAGCGAGCCGGCCAAAUGUCCCACCACAAUCAUGGCCCAUCCACCAUCAAUGUCCUGCGUUGGACCCUACAACACCAGCGACAGCUGAGACUGCAAUCCCUCAAUAACUACCGCAAGCGCUUCAACCUGUCCCCCUACACCUCCUUUGAGGAGCUCACAGGAGAGAAAACUAUGGCAGGUGAACUUGAGAAACUGUACGAGGAUGUCGAUGCGGUGGAAUUCUACGUCGGGUUGCUGGUGGAGAAGCGUUCGUACCGCGCCAUGUUCGGCAACAGCAUCAUCGAGAUCGGCGGACCGUGCUCCGUCAAAGGCCUGAUGGCCAACUUCAUCAACAGCCCUCGCUACUGGCGUCCCUCCACCUUCGGAGGCGAUGUUGGCUUCGACCUGGUCAAGACGGCGACGCUAGAGAAAUUGUUUUGUCGAAACAUCAAAGGCAAGUGCCCGCUAGUGACGUUCCGGGUGCCGGAUUAUGAUGAACAGGAGGAUGUGGAAACAUGGGAUGGGAGACUUGGCCACGAGGACUUGUAACGCAUGGCUGUGCGUGAGUGUGUGCAAGUGUUUGUGUGCUUGUUUACAUGUGCAAGUGCGUCUAUUUAUAUGUGCAUGUGUGCGUGCCUGCUAUGCAAAAUCUUCCAUAUUUCUAUUGCUGGUGUGUGUCAAAGAUGUCGUGCGUUUGUUUGAACGAGUAGGUAAAUAUGUAAAAAGCUAAACCUCUCCCAUAGACAAGUAGCCAUAGGAGACAGUGGUCCACAACUCAGCAGGGAGGAGGGAUUGGUGUUUAACACCGAGUCAGCAACUAAGGCUAUAUCAAGGCAAAGGAGUCAGCCCUGUAAAGAGAGGGCCACAUGCAGAGUGCAUGAGGCGAGAACUGAAUCCAGGACAGCCAACCCACACUGUAUUGGUGACAGGCGCUAACCGUUGCACCAAUGGACCUCCCUCCACAGCUCAGCAGUAAACAUGUAAACAGCUAAACCUCUCCCACAGACAUAGGAGCCAUAGGACACAGCGGUCCAAAGCUCAGCAGGUGGGAGGGAAUCUAACCUAAAGUCAAGAGUCACACAUGCAGACACACCUGUACACCUACACACCAUUGAGAUGCUCAGACAUGGAGCUUCAAGCAACACUUUUUUAAAAAAUCAGCCUCACUCAUCUCUCAAGGCAGUUCAGCUCUUGCACGGCUAUGUUGCUAAAUAACUUCCUCUACCCACCCAAGCUAUCAGAGAAGGUAAAUGACCAGAAGUUAUGCCUUUAAUGUACUCUAGACAUGCUGAACCACGUACAAAAAGCUGGCCAUAGGGCCAGUAGACUAUGGAUUCCUUGACUCUUGCUGGAUGCAAAGUGGAUGGAAGAGAGAAGCAGAGAUGUCUGCAUGCCUUUGUCUGAGGGAAAGAUGAAACAAAGGGAGACUAUAAUCCAAAGUGUAUAUCAGUUGAGUAAAGGGGGAAUGCAGAGGUAAAUUUUGAGAUGUACAGCUGCCCAGUACAACACACGUGAUCCUUUGUGCUGUCUCAGUGUUGUGUCUUUCGUCAAACUGUCUGUAUUGAUUCCACUUGGCAUUUUUUGGUGGAAGAGUUUAUUGUUUUUAUCACAAGUUUUCUUGUAUAACUUUGCCAACAAGACUUGGUGUCAUUCUUCUCAGGUUUAAUAAGAGAUAUUGCUGCAGAUUUGUAGCUAUAAAGUUUUUCCAAACUGCCAUGAUUGUUAUAUUGUUGACAUGUAUUCAUUGUUAUAUUAAAAAAAAGUUCAUGUGCAUACUGAGUCCUUAUGUUGAUGAACUGUUGACUCUUCCACAAACUUUGGCUAUGGAGGUAACCGAAGUAAUGGAAGUUGUAUGCGUGCACAUGUUCACUCAUGCUCUCUCACUCACUUUCUUGGAUAUUCCACAAGGACUUUUUCUUUUUUCAUCUACAUUAAUGAUCUCUACCUCCACAUAUUCCAGUUUUGUGAAAGAUUUGCAGAUGACAUCACAAUAGGCAAGUCACAAACAGAAUGAGCUAGUUGCAUCACUACUAAAGCACAGACUAAACUAAUUUUAGUCUUAAACUGAAGUAAAUCAUGUGGGGGAGAAAAUGAAUCAUGUUAACAUGUAGGAAAGACAACUGCCCUAUUUCCUAAAAUUCAGAUCUGGAAUCAGCAUAUCCAGAAAGAAUAAAACCACAAGGACAGACAUUGAUAACAGUUCAGGUAUCAGUCACAAGCAAGAAUUUAUUAUACAAAAUUGUACUCACAGGCCUGAACAGUCCUCUUAACAUUAAGCUACAGUCAACUGCCCAAAGUCAUUGCACCUACUUCACUGCCUUAGGCCUUCAGUGAGUAUUUUUUCCACAAGAUUCUUAACAUCCACGCUGUCUCUUGAUGAACAUGUUUCUCACAUCUGUUGUUCUGCAUUAGCUCUGGAAGAUCAGCUCCAUUCCUUAUACUCUGUCCAUCUCAACCACCAAAAUUCUCAUCUGCUCGCAUGUUCUGUGUAAACUAGACUACUGCAACUCUCUUCUUGCUGUCUGUCCGCAGUACCUCAUCCAGAAGCUUCAAAAAGUCCAGAACUCAGCUGCUCAUCUCGUUUUCCGGACUA